UUCAACGAAGCUGGUUCACUAAUUCCGUCGCGUUGUAAAAGUUUUCUGUGAAAUAAAUUCUUGACUGGAAAGUGCUAUUAUUUGUGAAUGUGACACUUUAUAACAAAUAACAAAGGAUAUACUAUACUUGUAUGGUACCUGUUUUAGUAAAGUUAAUAGAUUUAAGUUAUAACUGUGUGCUUAGUGAGUGUCACGUGUGUUUACGAAUUAAUGUGCCGGCGCAGGGACGGGUCGCACUGUUCGUGAGAUAUUUGUGGUUGCGGAGGCCGUCGCGGCCAUGUUGCAUACCUGAGACGAGAGAGCGCGUAAGUUGUGCGAGAGAGAGGUAGAGUGUUGGCUGGUUUUGCUGAAAGAAAGUAGUAUUUGCAAUGUGUUUACUACCGUCAUGACGGUGAUGGGGCGGUGGCCUGUGGUGCUCUUCGCGCUGGCGCUGCUCAGCGGCGCGGGCGCCACCGCCGAACAGAUGCAGUCGCGGGCAGUCGACACCGGCGUAGACCUGCGAGUACCUGAAGACCAGCCCGUAGGAACAUUUGUCGGUAGAAUACCGACUAAGCCUGGAUUCACAUACCGGUUUAAUGAGUCACCUAAAGAAUUUCAACUUGAUCCUGUAUCGGGUGAAAUUAAAACGAACGUUAUUUUAGAUCGCGAAAGUAUCGACCGUUAUGCAUUUGUUGUUCUAUCAAGUCAGCCCACUUAUCCUAUUGAGGUAAGGAUACGAGUUAGUGACGUGAAUGACAACUAUCCGGAGUUUCCAGAACCAAGUAUUGCUGUGGCUUUCUCGGAAAGUGCGUCACCUGGAACAAAACUACUUUUAGACGCUGCAACAGAUAAGGAUCUUGGUGAAAAUGGCAUAAUGAAUGAUUAUAGAAUAAUUGAAGGGGACAGUGAGGGUAAAUUUCGGUUAAAUGUCACUGUGAAUCCUAGUGGCCAAACUUCCUAUUUACAUUUGGAAACUACUGGAAAGCUUGACAGGGAAGCGAACGAUUUCUAUGUUUUGAAUAUAUCAGCUCGGGAUGGUGGUAGCCCCCCUAAGUAUGGUUACCUACAAGUUAAUGUAACAAUUUUAGACGUUAAUGAUAAUCCACCUAUAUUUGAUCAAAGUGAUUUUUCAGUAUCUUUGAAUGAGAGUGUGCCACCUGGAACAACUGUUCUCAAAGUAACAGCAACUGAUAGUGACUUGGGUGAUAAUUGCAGAAUUACUUAUGAAGUUAACGACUUGGAAAAACAAUUUGCAGUUGAUCCUGAAUCAGGAGUAAUAACAACGAUAAAAAAGUUGAACUGUCCCCAAUAUUGCACAAAUACAUCAUGUAAUAUGACCUGUGUCUUAACAGUGAUAGCAAAGGAUCACGGCGUACCGCGCCAGGAUGCCCGAACAUAUGUAACCGUUAAUCUUAUAGAUGCGAAUGACCAUGAUCCAGUUAUAACAUUUACUUACGUCCCAUCUACGGCUAACUAUGCUACAGUUGAUGAAAAUGCAAAAAAUGGAUCACUUGUUGCUGCAAUAACAGUGACAGAUUUAGAUGCUGGUUUAAAUGGCAUAACCAGCGUGAGUAUAGUUUCUGGAAAUGAACUAAAUCAUUUUAGAUUAGAAAAUUCUAGCAGUGUUUAUAUUGUACAUGUGAAUGGUGUCUUAGAUAGAGAAGAGAUCAGUAAAUACAAUUUAACAGUAGUUGCCACUGAUAAAGGUAUUCCACCUCGAACUUCAACUGCAUUUUUAGUAAUUCAUGUGAAUGAUGUGAAUGAUCAUGAACCUGUUUUUGAAAAAUCUGAAUAUUUGGCGGUUUUAAGUGAAUUAGCUCCACCUGGUACUUAUGUUGCUGGUAUUACUGCAACUGAUGAAGAUACAGGAGUAAAUGCUGAAAUUUUCUAUGAUUUUUAUGAUGGAAAUCAGCAACAAUGGUUUUUAAUUGAUCACGUGACAGGACUCGUAACAACCAGAUCCGCUUUGGAUCGUGAAAUUCAAGGAACCGCAGAGCUUAAUGUUUCAGCUCGAGAUGGGGGUCCAAAUCCAAGAUGGGCUUAUACAAGACUAAAAAUAACUAUCCUUGAUGAAAACGAUGAAUCACCUACAUUUCCUCAAACAUUGAUAAAUACUAGCUUAGCUGAAAAUAUAGCUCCAAUAAAAGAAAUAUUAAUUUUAACAGCUUCCGAUUACGACCAAGGCACGAAUGGAUCAAUCUCUUACUACUUGUCUACCAGCACUGAAAGAAAAUAUCCAAAUACAUUUUCACUAGAUCCUAUUACUGGACAACUAAGUACAAUCAUGGAAUUAGACAGAGAAAGAAUUUCGUCAUAUGAUAUUCAAGUCAUUGCUAAGGACCAGGGUUACCCUCCACAAUCAUCAACGGCAACAAUCAAUUUAAAAGUACUGGAUGUAAAUGAUAACGAUCCUUAUUUUUAUCCUCAACACUAUAUAACCAAUAUAGCAGAUGAUCUUCCCAUUGGAAUGACGGUGAUUCAGGUAAAGGCAUUUGAUGAUGAUGAUGGUGACAAUGCAUUAGUAACCUAUACUUUAGAAAGUGGGGGUGAUUCAUACUUUGACAUUGAGCCACUUACUGGAAAUAUCAUAUUGCAAAAAGAUCUUAGGAGAGCUUCUAAGCCAUCGUACACCUUGAUCGUAUCAUGUAAAGAUAGAGGAAAUAGAAGAGCCUCUGAAGACGCAAUUAUAGAAAUAAUAAAAAAGACUUAUAGUAAGAACUUAGAUUUUGAAGGUUAUAGUGGCUAUAACUUUAAAAUUUUAGAAAAUGAAGGACAAUCUCAAUCGAAAAUUGGUCGUUUUAUAGGAAAAGUAAGUUCAAAACAAAAAACUGAAAAGGUUUCUUAUUACAUUGUAGACGGGGAUCAGAAACAUAUAUUUAAAAUCGAUGAAAAAAGUGGCAUUAUAAGUACAGCAUCUAAUAUUGAUCGAGAAGAGAAAAUGACGUAUCAUUUAAAAGUAAUGAUAAAAAGUGAUCUACAAUUUGGAUUUACUACGGUCAAUAUUUCAGUGUUGGAUAUAAACGACAAUUAUCCUGUUUUUAUCGACAGAAAAGAGGAAAUACAUAUCCCCGAAAAAAUGGCUGUUGGUCAUGAAGUUUACUUUGCAAGAGCCAUAGACCGUGACUCGGGAUCUAAUAGAACAAUAUCAUAUACGCUGACUUAUAACGCAGAAAGCCUUUUUCGCAUUUCUGAAACAACUGGAGUAAUUUAUUUAAAUAAAGCAAUUACAAGUGAUCCUGGUACUGUACUGUCUCUAGAAGUGACAGCCACUGAUCAUGGCAAGCCAGCACUUGCAACUAAACAUAGUAUAUCGAUAGUUGUAGAUGAUGUAAAUGAUCAUACCCCUGUGUUUGAUCAUACAUCUUAUGAAACAUCUUUAUUAGAAUCUACUAUAGUUAAUACUAGGUUUUUUGCUAUAUCUGCAUCUGAUGCGGAUUUGGGGUCCAAUGGCCAGAUAUCAUAUAGUAUUAUAGAGGGAAAUGGCGAUAACAAGUUCGGAAUAUUUCCUGAUGGGUUUUUGUAUGUAAAAAGCUCUCUCGAUAGAGAAGAAAAAGACUAUUAUUCACUAUUAAUUACAGUAUUUGAUCAUGGGACGCCUUCACGAAGUUCUCAAGUUCCUGUUGUCAUACAUAUCUUGGAUGAAAAUGACAAUAGCCCACAAUUUACGAAUACCACGUUUGUCUUCAAAAUUAAGGAAAAUGAGCCUCCAGAAACAUUUGUUGGUAAAUUAACAGCAUUAGAUAAAGAUAUAGGACGCAAUGCGGAACUCUCAUUUAGUUUACCUUUUACCCAAAAUGAUUUUCGGAUAGACUCUCGGAAUGGGUUUAUAAAAACAUUACGAUCUUUUGAUCGUGAAAGCUUAUCACAGAUUACUGGGCAAAACUAUAUAACUCUUACGGUCACUGUCAGUGACAAUGGAAAAACGAAGUUAUCAGAUUCAGUAAGAGUAACUAUCUAUAUCACAGAUGUGAAUGAUAACGCUCCAAUAUUUACACAUACUCCAUAUAGUGUUGAAGUAUCUGAAGGAACAAGCGUGGGUGCUUCUAUUAUGCGAGUUUAUUCAUAUGACGCUGACGAAGGUUUGAACGGAGAUAUUUUUUAUAAACUAAUUGGUGGUGAUGAUUUUAAAAGAUUUACCCUAGAUGAAGGUACAGGACAAUUAAUUAUAAACAAGGCUUUAGAUCGUGAGACAACAGAUCGGUAUCAAUUAGUUAUUUUAGCUCAUGAUUCAGGGCCCUCCAUGAGACUGUCAGCAACAGCAACUAUAACAGUGGACGUGUUAGAUGAAAACGAUAAUGCUCCAGUAUUCAGUCAAACACAUAUGAAUAUAUCUGUCAUAGAAACGGAACCUAUAAACAAAAAAAUCAUACAAUUUUAUGCACACGAUGUUGAUUUGGGAAUAAACAAUGAGCUACAGUACUCCAUUUCAUCAGGAAACAGAAAAGAAACAUUUUUUAUUGACAGUUAUUCUGGGGAACUCUUCUUACACAAACAUUUGGAUUAUGAAGAUUUAACACAGUACGUUUUAAAUAUUACUGUUUCUGAUGGUGGUAGUCCGAGCAUGUCUUCAAGCAUAUCUUUUACUAUUAAUGUGAUUGAUGCUAAUGACAACGCUCCUAUUUUCACAAACACUGCGAUUGUGAGACAGAUCAGAGAAGGCAUUCCUACCCAUACUCCUAUUGUAACAGUAACAGCUGAAGAUCCUGAUUCUGGGUUGAAUGGAAAAGUUUAUUAUUCUAUUAUCCACCAAGAACCGAAUGAUGGCAAACGUAAUUUUGCAAUUAAUAAUUUAACUGGAGUAAUUCAUACUUUGUUGCCAAUUGACAGAGAAACAAUAGAUACAUUCCGAAUAACGGUGGCAGCCUACGAUGGAGCAGAGCCAUCAUCAGCCAGACUUUCAGCUGAGAAGCUGGUGACUGUUAUAGUAGAAGAUAUAAAUGACAACGCUCCUGUUUUUGUGUCUAUGAACGCUGCUGUAGUCAGUUCUGGACGACUAGGAAGAAAUACUGGGCGAGGAAUAUUUGUUAUGAAUGUCCUUGCACGUGAUGCAGAUUCAGGAACUAAUGGUCUAGUGACAUAUAAGCUCUUGCAUGGCGGUAAUGAUAUAUUUGAUUUGCAUAGAAGCAACGGUGCACUAACGUUGCGCUAUCCCCCUGCAACACCGGAUGCUAGAUGGAAUCUUAUUAUUAAAGCUACAGAUGAAGCAGUUCUGAGUGAGCAGCGGAGUACGGAAACAUAUUUGACAGUAAUAAUGGGAGGCACAGAUUUAGAAGGUGUGACAUGGCGUAACGCAGCGUCUGUGUCGGUGGCUGAAAAUGAACCAGGGGGUACGGCUAUUCUGAAUAUGACAAAUAAUUAUCAGUCUGGGCUAGAGUACUAUAUAGUGAAUGUGACAGGUGAAGGUAGGCAAGUGGACAGGUUGUUUGAUAUUGACUCUUCUUUGGGAAUUUUAUCCACGGCUGUCCCUCUAGACCGUGAAUCUGGUGUCGACAGAUUUGAAGUGGAAGUAUGUGCUGUGUCGUCGAACUCACCUCUACAAUCUACUACAACAAAGAUCGAGGUGGUGAUCCUUGAUAAGAAUGAUAGUCCACCAGAGUUCAAGAACUUGCCAGCAGCGUACAGUGCCUCCGAAGAUCUUGCCCCAGGUCAGGUGAUAACAACCAUCACAGCUGAAGACCCCGACACGAUCGGGACCAUAACAUACAGCAUCCAAAAUGAACAACCAACACCCUUCUUGUUAAAUAGCCAAACGGGACAGUUAACUCUCAAGGAGCCUCUAGAUAGAGAGGCCGUACCAGAAUAUGAGGUGAUGAUACGAGCUGAUGAUGGAAUACAGUAUACAGAUGUCAAAGUAGUCAUUCAGGUCAGCGAUACAAAUGACAAUCCUCCAGUAUUCAAAGAAAGCGCGUACUCUUUCGACAUCCCAGAGAACGCGGCGCGAGGGUCUGUGGUAGGGAUGAUACAAGCGGUGGACCUGGACUCAGAUGUCAACUCAGAGUUGACGUAUACCGUGAUCUCUGACUGGGCGAACGACGUGUUCUCACUGAACCCGCAGACCGGUGUCUUCACAUUGACAGCAAGAUUGGAUUACGAAGAGAUGGCCCACUACAUAUUAGUGACUCAAGCUCAAGACAAUGGUCAUCCAUCUCUUUCUGGUACAGUUACUGUAUACAUCAACGUCAUCGAUCUCAACGACAAUGCACCAAUCUUUGAUCCGAUGAGUUUCUCCAACGAGAUCAUGGAAGAUGUUCCUGUGGGAACUUCUGUCGUUACUAUCAGUGCCACCGAUUUGGACUCAGGUUGGAAUGGUAAAUUGACGUACAGUAUAACAUCAGGAGAUGAGGACAAUGAUUUUUCAAUAUCUCCAAACGGGACGAUUUAUACACUAAACCUUUUGGAUAGGGAAAAGCUAUCUGUGUACAACCUUAUUGUAACAGCAAGGGAUUUAGCGAAACCACCGGAACCAAGAUUAUCAGCUACUGUCCAAGUUACUGUACAAUUAAAAGAUGUAAAUGAUAUGGCGCCUGAAUUCACAUCACCUAAUACAACUUCUGUUUCGGAGAAUAUUCCUCUAAACACUGUUAUUAUGACCAUAAAAGCAAUUGAUAGAGAUGAAGGAAGAAAUGGUUAUGUAGAGUACUUCAUGGAAUCUAAUGCAGAAAUUAGUGGAUACUUUUCUCUAGGAAAUGUUGACGGAAUUUUGCGGGCAACAGGGAAGCUUGACAGGGAACUGAAAUCAAGCUAUAUAAUAAUAGUCACAGCAAAAGAUCGAGGUGAUCCUCCUCAAAAGACAGCUGCUGAAAUAGUGAUAAACAUAUUAGAUGAAAAUGAUAAUAGUCCAGUUUUUGAUCCAAAACAGUACAGUGCUGCCGUUCCAGAAAAUGCUAGUAUUGGUGCUAAUGUGUUGCAGGUUUCAGCGACAGAUAUCGAUGAUGGUGCUAAUGGAAGAGUUCGCUAUUCAAUAGACUGUGGCGAUGAUAAUAGAGAUUUCAGCAUAAGUGAGGAUACAGGUGUUGUGCGUGUAGCAAAGAAUCUUAAUUAUGAAAGGAAAUCACGAUAUGUGCUUACAAUAAGAGCCGAUGAUUGUGCCAAAGAUGAUGCUCGCUUCGAUACGGCUGAACUAUCAAUAUCUUUACAAGAUAUCAAUGAUAAUCCACCCACGUUUUUAGAUUCACCGUAUUUAUCUUAUGUUAUGGAAAAUGUGAUUCCACCUAAUGGUGGAUUUAUAUUAGCCGUCCAUGCUUACGAUGCGGACUCACCACCGUUCAACAAUCAAGUACGGUAUUUCAUAAAGGAAGGCGAAGCAGACCUUUUCAAAAUAAAUGCUUCAUCAGGUGAAAUUUCUUUACUAAGAACAUUGGAUCGCGAGUCGCAAGAUGAAUAUACUUUGUCUUUAGUGGCAAUGGAUACAGGGUCUCCUCCAUUAACGGGCUCGGGUACUGUUAAAGUAAUAGUCCAAGAUGUAAAUGAUAAUAGUCCAGAAUUUGAAAGACAAAGUUAUAGAACGCAUGUUAAGGAAAAUAUGUUACCUGGUACAAUAAUUUUAAAUCCAAAAGCUAUCGAUAAGGACAGUGGGAAUAAUGCAAAAAUAAGAUAUAGCCUUUUAGGAGAUAAAUCUGAACGGUUUUUUAUCGAUUCAAUAACAGGUACUAUUACCACAAACGAAACCUUGGACCGAGAAGAGUGGGAAAGUUACUAUUUAAUAGUUAUGGCUCAAGACUCUUCAACUACUGAUCCACGAACAGCAACAGCAAAUCUAACCAUAGUUGUUGAAGAUGAAAAUGACAAUAGUCCCAUAUUUUCUCAAGUUGCAUAUGAAAUAUUUAUCUCUGAAAGAACAUUGGCUGGUGAUUUUAUUUUUGGAGCCAGGGCGACGGAUAGCGACAUUGGUAUUAAUAAAAAGAUAAUAUAUGAACUAAAGGGUGAACAUAAAGAUUAUUUUACAAUAAACAUAGAAACGGGGGUAAUAAAAGCUAAGGAGACUUUAACUAAAUUCAAUGAAAAGUCAAGUAUACCUACUUUCAACCUAGUAAUUAUUGCAAAAGACUGUGGUAACAUUUCUAAACAAAAUUCAGCUGAACUUAUUCUUAUUCCAAAAUCAGGUAAAAACUUUCCGAAAUUUACUGUGAAAAACAAAUUAACGUUCAUCUUUCCCGAAGACUCUCCGGAGGGAGUGUUGGUUACAAGACUAUCAGCAUCAUCACCCAAGAAAGGUUCAUUUGGUCUUUUGCAAUACUCUAUAGCAGGUGGUAAUGUUGGAGAUGCAUUAAGGGUAGAACCAAUUAGUGGUGAAGUAUUUAUUACGGGGAAUGGAUUGGAUUAUGAAACUAUGCCACUCUAUGAAGUUUGGUUUGAAGUGCGAGAUUCAGACAAUCCCCCUUUAAAAUCUUUUAUGGAAAUUGAAAUUAAGGUCACAGAUGCAAAUGAUAAUGCCCCAGUUAUUGAAAAGAUACUUUAUAACGCAACCGUUCCAGAAGAAGAAUCACCGCCCCAAACAGUGCUAAAAAUUAAUGCUCGUGAUGAAGAUUCUAAUGAAAAUGGGAAAAUAUCAUUUAGACUUGUAAAUGAUUAUGAAGAAACUUUCACAAUAGACACCACGAGUGGAGAGAUUUAUACAAAUAUAGCAUUAGAUCGUGAAUCUAUACCAUUUUAUGAAAUUAUUGUUGAAGCGACAGACCACGGAAUUCCAGAGUUAACUGGAACGUCGACGGUGCUUAUCACAGUUUUAGAUAAAAAUGAUAAUCCCCCUAGAUUUACACGACUAUUCAGUGUUAAUGUUACGGAAAACGCUGAAAUAGGUUCAUUCGUUAUAAAAGUCACAAGUUCAGAUUUAGAUAUUGAGGAAAAUGCUAAUGCCACUUAUAGUUUUGUUGAAAAUCCAGGAGAUAAAUUUGUCAUCGACUCAAUCACUGGAAAUGUGACUGUGGCACGACCUUUAGACAGGGAAAUUCAAGAUGAGUACAUUCUUAAAGUAGCGGCAAUUGAUGGUGCGUGGAGAUCUGAGACUCCUUUAACAAUCACCAUACAGGAUCAAAACGAUAAUGCUCCUGAGUUUGAAUACUCAUAUUAUAGCUUUAAUUUCCCAGAAUUGCAGAGUAAGAACAGUUAUAUUGGACAAGUAAUUGCUACAGAUAAAGACAAGCAAGGACCAAAUUCAAUAAUAUCAUACUCUUUACAACAAACAUCAGAUUUAUUUUCAAUUGACCCUGCAACCGGAGAAAUAUUGAGUAAGUUUACGAUGAACUAUAAAAGAACGACUGCAAAUUCAUCACCAGAAAAUUCAUACUCUGUUACUGUAGUAGCUACCGAUAACGGAAAGCCACCGAUGUCAUCUGAAUGUUUAGUCACUAUAAAUAUAGUAGAUGCUAAUAACAAUAAACCUAAAUUCAAAAGUCACGAAAAUCUUGUGCCUGUACCGCAUUAUGCUACGCUUGGUGAGAAAAUCAUACGAUUGAAAGCAGAAGACUUAUUAGAUUAUGGAAUAAAUUCUGAAGUUGAGUACUAUGUAUCUGGUGGAAAUGGAACAACCUAUUUUUCUAUUGAUAAAUUAAGUGGAUGGAUUGUGGUAAAUAAGCAAUUUCAUAAUGUUGGCCAAUAUUAUGGAAUUGAGGUAAAAGCCAUAGAUCUUGGAGUACCACCACAAUCGGAUGAAACGUUCAUAACAUUUGUAGUGACUGGCGAAAAUAUGCAUAAUCCAAAGUUUACUGCUUUGAGUUAUCAAGUAAUAGUACCAGAAAAUGAACCCGUCGGUUCUUCAAUACUCACAUUAAGGGCAAAUGAUGAAGAUGACGGACCUAAUGGUAUAAUAAGAUACGAAAUAUCUUCAGGAAAUGAAGAUAAUGUAUUUGAAAUACAUUCAAUAUCUGGUGCUAUUCAAAUUAUUCGAUCUCUUGAUUAUGAUGAAAUUCAAGAAUACCGAUUGAAUAUAACUGCUAAGGAUUUGGGUUUUAAUCCAAAGGAAGCAACUGCGACAGUAACAGUGAUUUUAACUGACAUUAACGAUAAUGCUCCUACGUUUAAUCAAAGUAAAUACCUGGCAUACUUAAGAGAAAAUUCACCAAUAAAUACACUUAUUUUUAAAGUUGAAGCCUAUGACAUCGAUUCACCAAAAAAUUCAAUCAUUAAGUACACUAUUAAAAAUGAAAUGUCAUCUUUAUUCAAAAUAAAUGUUAGUACAGGUGAAAUUUAUUCAAGAGCUGUUUUUGAUUAUGAAGAACGAACGAGUUACACUAUUGAAAUAAUGGCUGAAAAUCCAGAUUCUAUUAUGCAUAACAGCACGAAAGUCAUGGUUCACAUUACAGGUGUCAACGAAUUUUAUCCAAAAUUUUUGCAACCUGUUUUCCACUUUGACGUAUCUGAAUCUGCAGAAGUAGGAACUAAUGUUGGAGUCGUACAAGCAACUGAUCAAGACAGUGGUGACGAUGGUAUCAUUUAUUAUUUAUUUGUUGGUUCUAGUAAUGACAAGGGUUUCAAUAUUAAUUCACAGACCGGUGUUAUAAGAGUGGCAAGAUAUUUAGACAGAGAAACUCAAAAUAGAGUAGUUUUGACAGUUUUAGCAAAAAAUUAUGGAAGUAUACACGGGAAUGAUACUGAUGAAGCUCAAGUGAUUAUAUCAAUACAGGAUGGUAACGAUCCGCCCGUGUUCAUUCGACAUUAUUAUGAGGCUACAAUCUCAGAAGGUGCAACUAUUGGUGAAGAAGUGAUACAAGUUCAUGCAGUUGAUAAAGACGUUCGACCACAGAAUAAUCAAUUUAGCUAUUCAAUCAUUAAGGGUAAUGAAAAUCAGGACUUUAAAAUCGAUCCUCAAACGGGAAAUAUUGAAGUGAGCAGAUAUCUUGAUCGUGAAACUGUAGCUUCAUAUUCACUUACCUUAGCUGCAAUUGAUACCGGUACUCCACCACAGACAGGCACAGCAACGAUUAAAAUAAUACUAACUGAUAUAAAUGAUAAUGGACCUGUAUUUGAUACAAUUAAUUUCGAUGGGUCUGUUUAUGAAAAUGAGCCUCCUAAUACUAGUAUAACCACUUUAUCCGCUAAAGAUCCGGACCUGCCUCCGAAUGGUGCACCGUUUUCAUAUUCAAUAAUUGGGGGUGAACAUCAAAGUUUUGUAAAAGUCCAUAAGCAUACAGGAGUGAUGUUAACAACAAAAACGAUUGAUAGAGAAAUAACACCACAUUUAGAAGUAAUUAUACAAAUAGAUGAUAGUGGUACUCCUGUGAUGCAUUCUAACUAUACCAUUCGCAUUAAAGUAUUAGAUAGAAAUGACAAUGCUCCCACACCACGAUCAGUCCAUAUUUUAGUAUAUGCUUUCAAUAAUAAAUUGCCAAAAUAUAAAAUUGCAGAUGUAAAACCAAAUGAUCUAGAUAUAGUUGGAGAUUAUAAAUGCAAAAUCCUUAAAGAUUCAACAUCAGAAUUAACUUUGUCUAUUUUUAAUAUAAGAUCAGGUUGUGAUCUUUACACAAAUUUGGUAAAACCAGGUCAAGGGUUUUCUUUUUCAGUAUCGGGUAAUGAUGGUAUUCAUCGAGAUGUGAUGUCCUCAAUAAGUGUAGAGUACUUUUCGUUUGAUGAAGAUACAGUCGAACAGUCAGUUACAGUUAGAGUAAUAAAUAUAACUUCAGUAAACUUUCUCACACAUUAUUAUCGCGUCUUGCUGGAAGUUAUGAAAGUAGGCUUGAAAAACAAAGAGAGCAUUUAUUUAUAUAGUAUAAAUGAGAGUAUGCAGGGUAAUUUAGAUUUGACUAUAAUUGUGAAAGAAAAUAAUUUUAUAUGGAAAAAGACGAAAACCGUGGACCAUAUUAAAUCAAAGGAGGCUGAAAUAAAGAAAAUAUUAAAGAAGCAAGUAGUAGUACCAUAUUAUCCUUGUACCAAUGAUCCUUGUCAAAAUAGUGGCGUAUGUUCUGAUGAAACAAAUAUUUUAAAUGGUACAAAAAUUACAGAAAGCUCAUCGCUAAUAAUUACGUCACCAUUGGUUCAAAAUGAUUACAUAUGUCGCUGUAGUGAUGGUUUUGUGGGCAAAAACUGCGAAAAAAGACAAGAUCCCUGUUCACCAAACCCUUGUAAAUACGGAGCUCAGUGUAGAAAACAAGGUCAUGAUUUUGAAUGUUUAUGCCCAAUGCGUCGUGAAGGGAAGACGUGCGAAAUGGAAAGAGAUGAUGUAUGUAACAGUAGUCCAUGCAAAAACGGUGGAUCUUGUAAGGAAAGUGCUGACGGAAAUUCCUAUUUUUGCCUUUGUCGUCCCGGUUAUAGAGGAAAUCAAUGUGAGGGUCUCAUAGAUUCCUGCCGACCUAAUCCAUGCUUGCAUGGUGGCAUUUGCAUAAGCUUGAAGCCAGGGUAUAAAUGCAGUUGCACAAAUGGACGAUAUGGCACUCAUUGUGAAAGUUCGACAUUCGGCUUCAACGAAUUAUCGUACAUGCAGUUCCCGGCUUUAGAUGCCUCUACUAAUGAUAUCACACUUAUAUUUGCAACAACAAAAUCCGAUGCAUUGUUGAUAUAUAAUUACGGUGCUCAAACAGGUGGUAGAUCUGAUUUCAUUGCAAUUGAACUUCUUGGAGGAAAACCAAUCUUUUCAUUUGGUGGUGCCCGAACAUCAAUAACAACAGUGUCCAUUUCGAAAACUGAUAAAAAUCUUGCAGAUGGUAAAUGGUACAAAUUAACAGCAACAAGAAAUGGGCGUGUAAUAUCUCUAAGCAUUGGUACUUGUACAGAUCAUGGGGAUAGUUGCACAGAAUGUGAACCCGGCGACAAAUCUUGUUACGACGAUGACACUGGACAAGCUGGAACUCUCAAUUUCAACAAUGAGCCACUUUUGGUUGGAGGUCUUCAUAAAGCAGAUCCAGCUUUAGAACGUCCAGGGCAAAUACAUUCAGAUGACUUUGUUGGUUGUAUGCAUAGUAUUACUAUCAAUGGCCGAUUAUUAAACUUAACGAACCCAAUAAACGCUCGAGGUGUAGUGCCUUAUUGUGAUAGAUCUGAAAAGGGCGCAUGCUUUAAGAAAGAUAUAUGUGGUUUCGGACAAUGCGUCGAUAGAUGGAAAACAAAUUAUUGCAUGUGUAGUAAUAAUCUAUUAUCUUCGGACUGUGGAAAUUCAUUUCAAAGUAUAUCAGUUGGUGAGAAUGGGUUUAUCAUUUAUACAAUGUCAGAGAAACAUAGAAGAAUGCAAUUACUUGAAUCUUUCUAUGGAGGCAAUACAGCAUGGGAAAGAAAAAUAAACAAAUCUAUAUUGAAGUCACCAUCAAAAUCAAAUAAUCCGGCAAAAAUUUUGUCUUUUUCUUUCAAAACUAUGAAAAAGGUUGGUCUUCUUUUUUAUGCAGCCACUGACAAAUAUUAUACUAUGAUAGAAUUACUUGAUGGAAAAAUAAGCUAUACUUCAAAACAAAACACCUUAGUUAAUAUGACUCAAACGGAGCAAGAUGAUGUUUCCGAUGGUAACUGGCAUAAUGUUACAUUAUUAAGCUUUGGGAGGAGCAUAAAAAUAAUUGUUGAUAAUAUAAUUAUCGGUGAAGAACUUGACGCAGCCAGUGUGCAUGAUUUUUUAGACCCUUACCUUACUGUUAUUACGUUGGGAGGUAUAAAGUCUGAUUGGGUAUCCUCCUAUAAUAAAUAUGAAGGAUGUCUUGCCAAUUUUACUGUUAAUAAUGAACUGCAACCCUUUACUGGCAAUGGAAGUAUUUUUAGAGAUGUUGUACGCCAAGGUAAAAUUAUUUCUGGUUGUCAUAAUAUCUUUGGGGCAGGGCUUACUCAAAAUCCUGACCCCUUAAGUAUUGGAAUUACUUUAGUGAUAUCAUUCUUUAUCAUAUUAAUAGUUGCAAUAUUAGUGUCAUUCAUAGUAUUUCGCCUACGUAAACAGAAAAAAGAAAAAGCUAGCCCAAAUAUAAAAAGUAGUAUUGUACAUACAAAACAAAAUGGCCCGGCCAUGUUAAAUGCCCCAAAUCUUAUUGCUGGAACAAAUGAUAGUUUAAUGAGUAGAAGCCUUCAUAAUAAUGAUACAAGUUUGAAUAGUUAUAUGUCCGAAAACGCUGACAUAAUGAGAAACGUAGGCCACAUUGUUGGACCUGAGCUUCUAUCAAAAAAAUAUAAGGAUCGAGAUAUAAUGAACCUUGACCCACCGCGACCUCAACGUCCUGAUAUAAUAGAUCGUGAAGUGGUUGGUAAAAGUCCUGCUCUUAGAGAUGAUCAUCAUCCACCUCCACCACCAUCUACAAAUACAUCUCAUUCUCACAAUCAUGAUCACCCUAGUGGUAUGGACUUAAAUUCUGAGGUACCCGAACAUUACGAUCUUGAAAAUGCAAGCUCAAUUGCACCGUCAGACAUAGACAUAGUUUAUCAUUAUAAAGGCUUUCGCGAAGCGGCUGGAAUGCGAAAAUACAAAGCAACGCCCCCUCCUAUUGCAAGCUACCAUCAUAAGCACCAACCUGCACAGCAUAGACAUUCUCCACAUCAUUCAAGUGGCUAUCCACCAAGAUCUUUACCACAAGCUUCACAGCCACCACCUCAGCCAAGACAGCAUCAGACUACCCCACUUGCUCGUCUUUCACCCAGCAGUGAACUAAGUCAGCAGCCUAGAAUAUUAACACUUCAUGAUAUUUCCGGUAAACCAUUGCAAAGCGCAUUAUUAGCCACUACAUCUAGUUCUGGUGGAGUUGGUAAAGAUGCACUACAUAGUAAUAGUGAGCGAAGCUUGAAUAGCCCAGUAAUGUCUCAACUGAGUGGCCAAAGUUCUUCAGCGGGAAGAAAAACUCCAAAUGCUUCUGCUCAAGUACCUCAAGUAUCGGUGGGUUCUGGGGCCGUAGGAUUAACAGCGGAGGAAAUAGAAAGGAUGAAUGCUAGACAACGAACUUCAAGCUUGGUUUCUACUUUAGACGCGGUGUCUAGUUCUAGUGAAGCGCCUCGUGGUGGAGGAGUUAGUCACCAUAUGUCCCAUAGACAUCACUCACCACCAGCAGACAAUAGAAGUUCAUCAGGAUCUGAUGAUGAAAGUGGAAACGAUAGUUUUACAUGUUCAGAAAUAGAAUAUGACAAUAAUAGUUUGAAUGCUGAUAAACCAGAUGACGUUAGGAGACAAAAUGUAAAUAGUAAUAAUAUUAACAACAACAAAAAGCCUAUAUUACCACCACCGUACGAAAGUUUUGACUCUUCAUUCAGAGGUUCCUUGAGUACUCUAGUCGCAUCAGAUGAUGAUCUUGCUCCACACGUAGGUUCAGCAUUAUAUAGACAGGCAAACGGAUCUCCUGCACCAGCGACAUUAGGUUGGGACUACUUAUUAAAUUGGGGACCAAAUUUUGAAAGUAUGAUAGGAGUUUUCAAAGACAUUGCCGAUCUACCUGAUGCAGUAAAUGGACGGGUUUCCUCAUCUCUAAGGCUACCAAAUGGAACCCCAAAACCAUCUGAAGAAUAUGUAUAGGGUAUGUAAAUAAAUGUAAAAAUAAAUGUAUAUAAAUGUAAGUUUAUUUGAAAUGUGUAUAAAGUUGUUGAGAUCUUGUAUCAAGAUCUGCUUAUUCUAGAUUUUUCUUGCCAUAUUUUGUCAUACUUUAAAAUGUAUAAAUUCGUAAUUUAAUUGUAUAAAGUUCAUUUAUUUCCUAAACUGAAACCUCAUUUGUAAUUUAUAUGUAUAGUUUGUAAAUAAUUUUACUUUGUUUUAAGAAUAUCAUUUGCAUUGGUAUUUGAUGUUACAUAAUAUUUCAUUUCAUUCAAAUAUAUAACAUCAAAUACCGAUAUAUUUUGAAUUUAAUUUAUAGACCAGACCAUAAGAAUUUCUCGAAAAAAUUUUUCACAGACUAAAAAUGUUGUCGAUUUCAUUACUAGACUAUGAAAUUGAAAUAUGAAAUUCAUUUUUAUAUAAAAAAUACAGUAUAUUAUUUUAGUAGCCAUAUUCAUAGUGAAUUACGUGCCAAAUGUUGAUAAUUCUGUUCAAACGAACUGACUGAUUUUUAUGUAAUAAUAAAUUAAAUCUUAUUACAA